UCAAGGCAAGUGUUCUGUUCUUUGAAGGGGCAUUGACUUCCAAAUCACACACAGAAAGAUGCGUCAUAGUGCAACUUGUCUGAGGACUGGGGUCAAAUUUGCAAUAGGUUGAUCACUCCUGAUAACAGGACUAGAUGUUCUCUAAUCUCAUGGGUGGGGUUAUAUAGCACACUUUAUUAAAAAAGACUUUGAGCUAUUAAAAGCAGAACGCUGCGGGUUUUGCUGGUUUGGGUUUUUUUUUUUCAUUAGUCAUCUGCUGUAGAUUUUAAAGUAUAACAAAGUAGCGAACAUUACCCUGAGCUUAGUGGCUUUAAAUGCUGGGUUGAUUUACACUCAGAGCGGAGCUUUCAGUGUCAGGCGAUCUUUUUUUGCCAACAUAAGCGCUCAGCUGAAACAACAGCUAUGACUCAGUUGCCAGUGAACGCUGCUUGAAUUGAUUUAGUCCGAGUUCAGAUUUAGCACAUAAUCAUGUUCAAUUUGAUCCACUGUGCUGCCUAGAGAUAAAAGGGUUGAAAAAAUAGAUUUAGCUUAUGUCAGUCUUUGUGGUGAUGUCAUUGCCGUGAGAGAUGGAAUAGCGCUGUUACUAUGCUGUGCCUGCUCAGUUGGUGGGUGUACGAGGGAAAGGCAAGGAGCAACUCAGUUAAGUGCAAAGAGCUUGUGUCGGAAGCUUGCAGUUACUGUCAGCAUUGAAACAGCAUUUUGGACUGUUCAGCUGCAAUACUGAACUGAAGAUUAUUUUUUUUUCUUCCCUUCCAAUCGUGUGUCACUCUGAGGUUGCCUAACUCUGUGUACAAAAGGGGGGGAUGCCAGCCCGGAGCAUGGACUGUGAUGUCUCCACUCUGGUUGCCUGUGGGGUUGAUGUGGAGAUUUUUGCCAACCAAGAGGUUAAGGAAAAAUUUGAAGGCUUGUUCCGUGCCUAUGAUGACUGUGUGACAUUCCAGCUGUUUAAAAGCUUCAGGCGUGUGCGGAUAAAUUUUAGUAGUCCCAAAUCAGCUGCUCGUGCCAGAAUAGAGCUGCAUGAAACACAGUUCAGAGGGAAGAAGUUAAAGCUGUAUUUCGCACAGAUUCAGACCUCUGAGACAGAUGGAGACAAGCUUCAUUUGGCACCACCACAGCCUGCAAAACAGUUUCUCAUCUCGCCUCCAGCCUCCCCACCUGUAGGGUGGCAACCAAUAGAUGAUGCAACACCUGUCAUCAACUAUGACCUCCUUUAUGCAGUUUCUAAGCUAGGACCAGGAGAGAAAUACGAGCUGCACGCAGGAACAGAGUCCACUCCCAGUGUGGUAGUGCAUGUCUGCGACAGUGACAUGGAAGAAGACGAGGACCCAAAGAAUUCUCCAAAGCCAAAAAUCAUUCAAACUCGGCGCCCUGGUCUGCCACCUCCUGUAUCUAACUGAGCCUCUCCGGCAGAAGCAGCGCUUCUCUCCUCCAGCACAGCUCUUGUCUUCUGUUUGCUUUGUUUUGUUGAAAGGCAGCCAUUGCCUUUUGAGUACCAGGACUUUAAACUCAUUGAAAUCCCUUCACAGUAAUCAAGCCUAUGUAAUAAAAGGGCUAGGAAAAAGUUCUUUGUAUAUGUAACCAUAUCGCACACCAACUGAUAGAUUUUUUUCUGGAAAGGACAAAACAAAACUGAAGAAACAAGGGAGGGUUUCAGUCUGAGGAUUUUUUCACAGCUAUAAUUUGCAUGCUGAAACACCGCUAACAGAGAGAUCGUUCAGGGUGGGCAGUUGGGCCGAUAUCAGGCUGAUACUCAAACUCCCAGAAUACUUGCUAGCGCCCUUCAUCAAGCAGCUGCUCCUCUGCCCCUCCUCAGUUCCCCAGCAGACCUUAAUCUUUUCCCUGUUGGGUUCUGUCCCCCACCCCAAUUAAGGGGGGGGCGUGUGUGUUGUUUUUAAUCUCCUAGCAGCUUGGUGGCCUUUUCACCAUCCUGGAAUUUUCUGUAAGGGAUACUAUCUUUGCAACAUUUUUAGAAACAGAGGAAAAACACCCUCUUCCACCAACAGCUGUAGAAUAUGCUGGUCCUUACUGGUGGCGGGGAUGUGAGACAGCCCAUCAGGCUGAAGGGAGAGGCAGCAGCUUGCUGGAGGGUCUGGUGUCUUCCUGUCCUUCUCUCUGAGGAGGAAGGAGCCAGAAUAUCAAUAGGGGUUGUAAUUUUAUCUUCCAUAAAGGUAUGAGCGGUCCUUCCCUCCAAGUUUGAGGAAGAAAGAGAAGCUGACUGACUGCGCAUUUAAGGUGGGAUUCAUUGCUCUCUGUCAUAGCUGUAACUUCUAGUAAUGAUACAGGCUGAAUGCUUUCCUAGUGGUGUGUUGAAUAGCCCUGAAACUGUUAGUAAUUACUCGUACAUCCCUAAUAUUCAGACCUUUUCCCUCCCCACUUCCUGUGUUUUAAAGCCCUUUUUGAGCUGUAUGCAGUUUGGGUUUGUGGAGGUGAGGAGAGGUUAGCUGGUGUUUUGUUACUUUUUUCCUCUUUUUUUAGGCCAAAGAAAACAGGACCAUAAUUACACACUUGAAAUUAGACUGCAUGCAACUGAAUCCCCCUUUUUCACUCUGUCCUGCAUGCUUCUUUCACUUGCAGUGUAUACUGGGUUACAAAACUUGUUCUGUGUUGUCAUCAUGGCUGACAGCAGACAGACACUGGAUUCCCUGUCUGGCAGACCUUCCAAUGAUGAUUUUUUUUAACGCGUACUUGUCAUUUUGAGAACAUAUUUUCUAGACAUUUGAGCUCAGAUUUUGCAUAUAUUUAAGCAUGCGCUUAAUUUAUGCACAUGAGUAGUUCCACUGAAAUUAAUACUGCAGAAAACUGAGCAUAUGUGUAAGAUACGGUGGGAUUUUUAAGCUAAUUAGCUGCAGCUGUACUCCCAAAAGGGACUAUAAAAUGGCACAGCGAGAUGCCACGGUUUAAAACCCUUUACAAGCUAAAUAAGUAAAUACCUCUCAGAAGCUCAUUCUGGGAUCUGAAAAGUCAGCUUAGGUUCUGUAAUCAAGAUUUUUGUCAUAAAACCUAAUGAUCUGGUUUCUGAGGGAGGGUUCCGUUCCACCCUUAAUUAGCGGUGAGACUCCAAGCUUCCGCAGUCAAGUCCCCCUGUCUGGGUUAUCGGCUCUGCAGUACCUCAGGAAGAACAGCACGUGGCUUUGUCGGUGAAGACAGGAGGUGCCGUCCUCAAUAUCCACGGUGAGGACGUUCUAAGAACGAGGAAUUACCAUUCUCGUGUAGCUCAUUCUCUGACCACUGCAGCCCCCUAAUGCUCCUGGUGAGAUGUAGUGCUUUACUUAGCAUCUAUCUAUAAUGUGAUACUUGUUACUGCAUUAUGGACAUUGUCUCGUGUGUGUUAUGCUAAUAGAGCACAUUAAAUAGAGCAGAGACUGAACAAAAAAAUGGGGCUUUAGUAUCCUCAUGAUACCUGUGUAAAGUUGUCUUAAAAUAACUCCUUAGAGGUUUCACUUCAAUUAUUUUUUCAGUGAUGGAUUUAGAAUUGGUUUAAAUAAAUAAAUAGUCACUCACUGCCCUAGCACUGUAACCUGAUCUUCCUGUUGAAAACACGGUCACAGGCCACCAUUAUAUUUCAGAAGUAACAUUGUCCUUCUUGAGAACAUACAGAACACCAGCGUCUGAGGGUUUUAGACCUGUGUAAACAGGGAGAGUAAGAUUAAACGCAUCAGGUUUUUUGUUGAUAUAUGCUGUAAGGAAGAAAUUACUGGCCACAUCCUCAAGUGGUGUAAGCAAUCAGACCCAUCUCCAAAGCUGAUACUCUGGAUUUUUUUUUACAUGCAAAAGUGUUGGAGGCUGAAUCUAGUCCUUGUCUCCAUGUACUCAGACUUUGGAGAGACUUGGUUCUGAACUGUGGACUUGGGCCUCAGGCGAUGUAAAACUAUACUGCAGAUUAAAGCAUUGGAUCUUAAACGUUCUUUCCUCAAAGUGCAUUUUCAGACAGAUUUAAGAACAGGCCCCAUUCAAUGACUACUCUUUGUCUUUGUAAAACUAUGUAGUACUACCCAGGAGGGAGUGGAGCACAGCUCAUUGGUUAAAGCACAGAAAUAGAAACACAGUCACAAACCUGAAAACUCUAAGAAGCCCAUUUUAACUCAGGUCAAAGCUUAUGUAUCACCUUGAUCUAAUAAAAUAAUGGUCAUCAGAGAAAAACGUUUCAGGUGUUACGGAAUAACAUCCUUAUCAUAAAAGUAAGAGUAUUUGUGACUCUUGGGAGAACAUGGUAUUUUGCUAAAGGCUGGUCCUCGCCUGGCACAGAAGGCUUCUUUCAAAAAAUGCUGACCAUCUGGACGAGUAGCUGUCCUGUUUAAUUCAGUAAUUCGCGGACGGAGCCCCUGCUUACUUCAGCAGGAAUUUUCUUUUGUGAGCUCUCUCCCUCCGUCUGGCACUUUCCACAGGGCGAAGUAGAUUUUCUCAUGUCGUAAUACUACAAAUAAGAAUUUGAACUCUCUGUGUUACAUUCCAGCUUCUGGUGCACAGUGACGUAGGCGACAUCCCUUUCAUUUCCCUUCCAAAGCAGGAGCCCGGGGGAGCGGCUGGCAGCAAUGCCCUAGGCCCCUCUGUUGGGUGGACCUUGCUCCUGCUGCGGGUUGGAAGUUAAGGAAGGAAACUGGGGGAGUGCAGUUGCUGUUUCUGGUGCCCACUACCUGCUUGUCUUUUCUGACCUCCUCAGAUACAAAAUUGAAAUUUUAAUGACUUCCUAAGCACGGUUAAAAGCAUGAAAACACUUACAGCGCAUGGAGAAAGAGUAUUUUGGAAUCUGUGGUUUUUGUGAACAAAGAAUUUCUGUGGCCUUGAUAUUUGUAAUUAAGACAAGGUAGUACAACCUCCCCCCUUCCUGACACACACAUACACGCUCGAGUACACUUUGUUUUCAGCAAGGAAACAUGGCAAGAGCAUCCCUUCCUUAGACAUGAGACUGCAGACAUAGUUAUUGUGAAGUGCUUUAUACUAUAAAAACGUGCCCCGUGGAUAAAUUGCUUGACAUUUAUUUGAUCCUAAGUUGCGUGGGAGGGGUGGCUUGUGUUUAUUUUGGUCUUUUUCCCCCCUCCUUCCCAUUCAGAGACAGUAAAAAAGCUUUCUGCAAAAAGGACUGUUCUUUGUGCAGAGUAAUGGACUGAACCAUCUCGCAAGACUUGGUUACAGUGGUACGUCUGAGCACUGUGACAGUUCACGUUCGCAUUUCCAUUAUAUUGUACAUACUUUUGAAAUAUUCUAUUUAGUCAUAUUUUAUAGGAGUAUUAAAAAGCUAUUGGCUAAUUAAUCACUUUUACACUUGUAUAAUUCAGAGCUUAGUUUAAAAAAUAAAUAUGGCAAACAAUAUUUUUGUGUUCUGCUUGCAUUGGCAUUUUGAAAAGCAACAUUUAAAGAGUUAAAAUAUAUUCCUAAGCAGACUCAUGUGGUAUAUACCACUCCUCUCUUAACCGGUAGAACUGAAAACGCUUAAAUGUGUGACAUAGGCCAGACUCUGUUCCAGUAGAAAUUAGGGAGGAAAAACAGCCCUCGUAUUAGCAGGAUAUGCCAUCUUCCAUUUUAAACUGCUGCAAUUUCGGAGUCAUGUGAACUCGCAAUGGUUUGCCGUGGAUUUGGCUAGGUGUAAGCGAAAAAAAGGUGGCAGCGCAAUCCUUGGUGAGCAAAAGCACCUCCCCGACAGCGGACGUGGCUCUUACUGCGCUUUUAUAACAGAGGGUAAAUAGAGCGGGCAUGAGGGCUUGAAUAGGGAACAUGGCAUCCAGCUGCCAUCCGGGCUGGGGAAAGAGUUCUAGUAACAUUAGUUGUUACAAAAUUGAAACGUAAUUUUUUGUAAUCUCUUGCAUCGGUUUGGAUCUUGAAAAGGAUUAGGAACCAGGAGAGGAGUUUGCCCAUUAACUGUCUUGUGAAAUUCUUAUAUCAGAUCUGCAUUUGGAAAUAUUUUUUUUCUGGGUGCCUGGCAUAAAAGACUCUGUUUCCCCAAAGAUGAUCAUUUAUGAUUCUGAAAAUUAGAUCCACUUAAGAAGUCUCAUUGGAAAUGUAAGCUCCGAGCUCACCAAUUCCUUUUCAAAAAACAGGCCUUAACAUCUGUGUUCUUAUUAGAAAAAGUAGUAACUGUCAUCUUCUUACGGAGUACUUUAGCAGUAAAAUGCACUAGAGGAGGCCUGCUUUAUUCUCCAGUGUUGAGCCACGAAGGAGCUUUCCCCACCCGCAUAAGGUUCUUCAUCUGACCCGACUGGACUGAGAUGUCGCAUUACCUACACGCCGACUGUGGCUCUUCCGUCUUCCUUGGCACUUGCUGCAGCACCUGGAAAUAAGCUGCAAGGCGUCCGUGGUGGAUGGUGGGGAGCUCUGGGCCCCGCGGAUCCCACACUGGACUCUGACGGAGGACACGACUGUACGCGUGUAACCUUGGUACACGCUUAACUGGCAUGCACAGAUAGGCAGUAUUUAUUUAUUUAUACUGGGUAUUUGUGGGUGCAGGUGAUAAUGUGCAAGCUAACCCUGCACGAUACAAGUUAAGAGCAUUUCUCACGGCUGCAGGAAGAGCCCGAGGCUUGCAUGGCUCCUACCUUCGUUCCCUGCAGCCGAAGCUCUCCAUACUUUGUUACUGACAGUCUGGCUAUUGCUGUUCCUUGUGCAGCCUCAGUUUGUGGUGGUGAUUUAAGAAGGACAUUUUGGAGAGUGCAGAGCAGACUCCAGCUCUGCAGCUGGGUCUGUAGUUACCACCUUGCUCCCUGAUGAUCUGUCCAGCUUCUUAAAAUGGAUUCAGCAACUCACAGGGGUUGGUCCUUUGGUAUUUUACUGCCCCGUGAUGAAACCUGUAGUUGGCCUGGUGGUGUUACAGACAGGCUUUCCGGGCCAGCUUGCUUGAAGUGAAGGCAAUGCCUGUCACAGGUCUGGGGAGCUGGAACAAGAGGGGAUUUAAGUAGGUCAUUACGGAUAUCCUGAAUAGAGUGCAUUCAGAUUGCCUCCGCUAAAGAAUCUUUACUAAAUUUAUUCUUGUUCCUUCUUUAGUGCUAAGCAUUUGACCACUAAACACUUAGCCACUUCUGACUUUCUGUCACAUGUGAGUAUGAAUUUAAGACUUCUGCAUUUCUUUGAUUCCCCUCUGCCCCAAGAAAUCAUAUUUAGUUCUGUUUUACCAAAAAGCAAAACCAGGUAUGGAUUCAAGUCCCAGACAGACCUUUGCUUAUACUCAUCCUCGUGCAAUGCUCUUGAAUAACUAUACCAGAAAAAAACCAAACCCAACCCUCUUUUAGCACAUCUUCUGCGGGGAGUACAGUGGCUUUCAGAUAUUCUAGGCUCCUCUUAAAAGGAGAUACUUUUCCAGCAUUCAGGGGGAAAAUUACAAGGGAGGAAGUGUUGUCAAAGCUCUUUCCCACAUGCCUAGUUGAAGUGUGGACUAUGUUUGCUUUGACUUGGAGGUUAGAGGUAGAACAGCAGCAGCAUGCCCUGUGGAAGGGAAGAGCCCCGAAUGCUUCCAUUGCAGAGAUGCUCAAAAAGCAUGAAAAAAGCACCUUAAUUCGCCCCUCCCCUUUUGUCAAUCUGUUCCAUCACUACACAGAGCUUCUGGGGCUGCAGUAAGAGUCAUCCAUGGAUUCUUUUAAUGUAGGAUUGUGUACUGAUGCAGCAGCUACAAAGCCUAGAAUCCAGGGCUAUUGGUGACAUUUUUGCUGGAGUAAGGCUGGGAAAGCUGUGAAUUGUGAGCAGCCUCAAAGUUAAUGAAAAACGCAGAUAUUCAGGACCUUAAGACAGACUUCAGGAUUUAAAUGCAUGUAAAUGAGAGCUGUGUUACGAAGGGCCCAUUUGCUGUCCCUGAGUCGGGGGCUUCCUCGCUCACCUGAGUAAGAGCACCCAGCAAGAAGGAUUAAACUUCUCUCUUAUUAUACACCAGAACAUCAGCCUUGUUUUAACAAAUUAUUGUAAUUGAUUAUUUAUCUAGUACGAGAAAGUUGUGUCUACAUUCGUGUCAAACAGAUGUGCUCUCUUCACUAUUCGGUCAAUGAAGGCAAAUGUUUUGAAUCCAUUUUAGAGCAGAGUUCUUGUUCAGAAAUGUCUGAAAGAAACACCAUCCGUAACGACUGACAGAUCCUUAAGUGUCGAUUUGGCAAGUUGUCCUACUGUGAGUAGCUGCAGAAAUAUUUCAUGUAUGUUGUUGUAGGUUUAAAACCAUUACUCAUGUUUUCAUUCAAGUGUCUGCAUUUCUGACACAGAUGUGACAUAUCUGUAUAUAUUAUAAAUCAAUACUAUUUUUAACCACAUAUUUUGUACAAAUAUUCACAUUAGCUCUGUACUUCAGUGAAAAUCUAUUAUGGUAUUAAACAUUUUGGUGGAAUUAGCGAA